AUGAACUGAUGUCUUUCUAAAUUUAGUCAUGUUAUUAAUAUCUUGCUUUAUUGCGGGAAUUAUUAUGAGGUUAUGCAAUUUUAUCCAUAUCUUAAUAGUCAUACCUACAAGACGUGGACUAUUAAUAAGGUUGCUUUUGUGAAUGCUCUUUUAAGGCAAAGGAAAGUUCUUAAGAACUACACUGAGUUCAAUUCAGAGUUUGCAAACUAUCUCCUUGAGCAUGGCAGAUACUUGAUUUACGAAAUUGACUGAUACCUUGGCUCUCACAGAUCAGCAAAAACAUUCUUAAAAUUAAUCAAGCAUCUUAAAGAACUCGGAGAAAUAGAUAGCAAUCAGGGAAUCAAGUUCCUGAGACUUAAGAACCUUGACAUACAGUAUUCUGACAAACUAUGUAAUAUUAAUAUGAUAAAUAAAAUUUAUCAAGAACUUCCUGACUCCUGCAAUAAAACAGAAUCCUUCUGGAUCAAUGCACAGGAGAGAAACUUCGAUGAUCAAGGAUUUGUACCCAUUGAAUUUGAUAUUCUGAGAGAAUUUAAAACUAACCAGAUUAAAAUCGAUCGAGAUAUUCUCCCUUAUUUCACAAAAUAUGGCAAUAAGAAAUGAAUUAAUCCCUCUGAAAGUAGAAGGAUCAAGAGGUUAAAAUUUAAGUGGAUUAAAAAUGAAGAAUUCUUUGAUCAAGUUGAAAAUACACCUGAGGUUGAAGAGUUAGUGAUUGAGUAUCAAACUUUCUACUCUGAGUUCUUUGACGGCUUUGCUUCCACUCAAAUACUGAAACAAUCAGUCAAAAAGCUUACUUUAACUUCAAAACAAUUUCAGCAAAUACAUAAUGAUUCUAAAUUUUUGCCAUUCGAUGUUAUUAAAGGAAAUCAAUUCAUUAAAGAAGGAUUCCCAAACUUAGAACACAUUGAGUUCAACAUAAUAAAUAAUCAAUGGUUCUUCAAAGAGGACUUCGUGAAACAUGCUUUGAAUGAAAACCAAUCAAUCAGAUAUCUAAAAGACAAUGAUGGGCUAUGCAGCUGUACAACUCAUUAUUCUGAUAUCAUCACAAUCAAGGCUCAUGAUAUCUACAUUUAUGCAGCCUGAGAUGAACACAUUAAGAUGUUUAAAGUUAAAGAAUUUGCUUGAGGAAGGCUCAAAGGAAACAUGUCUCAGCAUAUUUUUUAUCAUAGAAUCGACUAUCAAAAACUAGAUGAGGACUAUCUUGCAAUUCCUGCUUUACAAUGAUCAAACUUCAUUGAGAUUUCUGAAGUUCAAACUUUUUCUAUCAAAGAAAUUAGAAAAUACCUUACCAAGAGAAGAUACAAAGUUACUAAGUAUCCUUUCUUCAAGAAGAUCAAAAAGCAUUCGAAGUUCUUGGAGCAUGUUGAACUAAUGAUGAAUUACCCGGACCACAUCAUAAUAGAAAACAAGAAUAUUGGCUAUGUUUGUGGCGAUAAUUAUAGCCCAAUUGUAUUUCUAUCUAUUUUAUCUAAUCAACAUAAGAUCAGAAAUGACUGGGUUUUUGAAAACUGUAACCUCUCUGGAUGUAAGACAAUAGAUCUUUGCUACAAUGAUGUUCUUGACUCUAAGACAUUCAAGAAAAUAAUUAGCAAUUUCAAGUCGUGUCCACUAAGUGUCGAGCUAAAUAUUCAUAUUUACACAGUUUUCUCUGGAAUAUCUAAAGAACAAAAGAAUCAGUUGGUUGAACUCCUCUCUCUCAAGCCUGCAUGUGUAUUCCUUAAUCAAUUACCAGGGCUUGACUCAGAUAUGAUAGAACUUCUGAGCUCGAUCCCUGUAAGAGGUCUUGAAGGAGUAAAUUCUGCUGAAAAUAGGUAUUCUUUUAAUGCCUGGAAACCAACCCUAAUCUCAAAGAAGAAGUUACUAAAGUUUGCAAAGUCUUCAUUUAUCCAAAAGAAAGAUUUUAGGAGUCAGCUAGAGUUAAAAUGGAACUAAGG